CGAUUUUCGCGCGCGCGAUUUUUAGCGGCCAUGUGCAAUUUUUGGUUACUCAAUCUUGGCUGAAUAACGAUUGGUUCUUUGGUAAUAUGAAGCCUAAAUUGAGGAGAAACGCCUUUAUCCUCGAUAGUAGUAUCCAAGAGGAAGAAAAAGAAUUGUCAGACGUGCAAUCGGUGGAAGCAGUAACUGUAAAAGCGAAUGGUUUGUCACAAGAUAUAGUUAAUGCUUUUAAAGAAGUCUUCGACUUAUUUGAUAGUAAUGGUGGAGGAACAAUUGACGCYGAAGAACUCGAUCUUGCAUUACGAUCAGUGGAUAUACAGCUUUCACAGGAGGAGAUAGUCGAUGUCUUGACAGCAAUGGACAAAGAUGGAAAUGGAGAAAUCGACUUUGAGGAGUUUCUGAAUCUUAUGACCAACACUGAACGAUUUAUUGAAGGAUUUGAUCACAACGAUAAAAAUGGAUCUAAAAACUCCAGAAGAGAAACAAUGCUUUUUGAAGCUUUAACAAAUUUCAUGAAAAGAUCAGCUCUUCAUUCUCUCAACGAAAUUGUUGGAUUUUACCACACAAAAUACAAGCGYAUUCAAGCACCUCACGUUGUAGGUCACUAUGCAGCGGGCGCGAGGCUCAUAGGAUUGACAGAAGGUCAACUUCGAAAGCACAUGGAAACCUUGAGAAGAAGACAUGCUGAAGGAGAUGAGAAAUCCCCCUACGCCGAACCGCUCCAUAUUGUGUUUGGAAAUGCAUCCAAGAAAAAACGYCGUCCGAAAAAGGCUGUCGAACCAGUAUGCCGAGGCAAAAUCAGAUUAAGAUUCACUUCAUUUUCUUCUCCACAAGAGAACAAAAGCAACUUGCCUCCACCUUCAAAGGCUACAGAGUUACCCGUUCCAAUACUUCAAAGACGACGUACCCCUCAAUCUCAACUAAGAAGAAGUACAGAUAUGAAGAAGCCGGGUGCGUCGGGCUGGAAAUCACAGAGAAUCAAACCUUUUUCAGUACAGCUGCAGCUAAUAUCUGGUAAAACAAAUGCAGUGAAAGGGAAUGAGAACGGAAUCAGUAUUGAUUAUUUACCUGAUAUCAGAAAUAAGGUUGAUAAAGCGAAGGACCACUAUUUUGAACGUGUUCAUGAUCAGAAGAAAAAAGAAAGCCAAGAGCACUGGGAAGCUCUGAAAAGUGGAAGCAUCAAGUCUGAUGCUCUACGAAACAAAUUUCGCAUUGCAUUUAAUGCAUAUACUAACUAUCUUCACAUUGAUCAAUUUCAAAUUGACACUCCAACAAAGAACGACAGAAAACGUUCAAAAUCAGUGUCAGACAGAAGGGGCAGUGAGGUCCCUAGUCCAUUUACUAGAAAAAGGGCUUAUUCAACAUUUCAAUAAAAYAGCCAAUAUGUAUGGUCAGAGAAACUCAARAACCCUAACCAUCACCAUACAGUUGCUGUUAGUAA